AUGUCAGGCCUAUCUUUAAGUGAGGAAUUCACACAAGGGCAGCAAUUAUAUACUUCUAUUGAAGAGUCAACUCUUGAUUCAGUUGACUCCGGGUAUCAAAACGACGUAAAGAAGGCGAUUGGCCAUUUCACUAGAUGUGAACACUUGGUAAGAGAAUUGAGCUUGUUUAGUAUUAAUGAAACUGUUGAUGAUAUAAGCACCACUGAUUUGAAGUAUUUAUUGGUCGAAGCUUACCUUGGGGCUCUACAUAUAAAACUUAAUGAAGGAGAUCGACUAGUCUGUCUUGAAAAGGCAAAGCUCUAUCUCGAACAAUUUCUAGAAAAUGUCGAAUUAUAUUCCCUUAUAUCCGAUCAGGAUAAGAAAUACCUUGAAUCCGUGAAAGCACAAGUUACGCGCGAUCCUGCGAGAUCGCGCGAUGAAAAAAUAGCACGAGCGAAGCGGAAGAAGGAAACCGAAAAGGAAUUGAAGACUCUUCAAUCAUUUCUUCAAAACGCCUUAACUGAAGACAAGGACGACCUUGAUCGAAAACAUGUUUUGAAGCUUAUUGAAUUGUUUGUUCAAAAAUCAGUUGAUGAGCUAAAAGCUAUUAUGAACGAAAUUGAAAUGGUGAUCAUAAUGAAAAGGAUGCAAGAGCAAUCACGGAAUGAACAAACAGAUGAUCGAGUCAAUGUUCAUCAACCUCAAAGAGCUACAGGUAGUAAUGGGUCACUGUUGGACAAAGACGGAAAACCUCAGCGCCCGUUUGUUUUGACUUCCAGACGAGAGGAAAUACAAAAUUCUUUAUGGAGACCUCAUUGGCAACUGCCAACCAUGUCCAUCGAAGAGUAUUUAGAGUUAGAGCAGCAGCGAGGAAAUAUUAUCUCUGGCGGAGGUACAAUGCCCGAGAAAGAAGUUGUGGACGAUAUGGAUGAGGCAGCGAUUAAUGCCGAGACGUAUAGGGCUAGAGAAUGGGACGAUUUCAAAGAUACUAAUCCGCGUGGAUGGGGUAACCGUAGAGGAAAAGGCUGA